AUGUCAAAAAAGUCAGAUGAUGUAUUAGAAUUUCUUGAAUCAUUACCAGAUAGUAAAUCAGGUACACCAAAACCAUCAAUUAAAAAAAAUGAUAAAGAAGUAUUUGAUUUUUUAGAUGAAAUAGCAGAACAUGAACAAAAAAAACCUAAAAAGAAAUUCGAACCUAAAAAGACUGAUAAUACCAAUAACGUCACUAGUUCGAAUGAUGAUACAGAAAUUGAAGUGAAACCACAAGAAGAAAAUGAAGAAGAAGAAGAAGAAGAAAACGAUCCAACUACGGGAACUUCAUCAUCAGAUACAACAAAAGAAGAUAAUUUACAACAAAAGGAUGUAUUAGAAAAUCCAAUUGCUUCAAUAUCAUCAUGGUGGCAAUCUGAAGGGAAUCAAAAAGUAUCUAGUUUAUGGGGUACAAUAACAUCAAAUGCAGAAAAAAUUUCAGAACAAACUUAUCAAUUAGCAUCAACUACAACAAAUCAAAUUAAUGAAAAAUCAAAAAAUUUAGAUACUGAUAUAAUAAGUUUUAGAUUAAAUAAUAUUUUUUCAAAUAUAUCUAAUCAAUUAAAACAAGGAUUAAUUGAUGAUGCAGAUGAAAUUUUAAAUCUUUUGGUUGUAUCAGAUUUAUAUAAUAUAAAUUAUAUUAAUGAAUUAAUUUUUAAAAAUUUUAAUUCAACAAUGAAUCAAGUUGAAGGAAAUAUAAAUAUAAAUGUAAAUGAAUUAAAUCAUCAUCAUUUAGAUAACACCACCAAAAAUAUAAAUUUAAAUAUGUUUUAUGGAAAAUUAAUUGAUGGAGAAAAAUUAGCAUUUGCAAAUUUAGAAAAUCUGAUUAAAGAAUAUAAAAAAAUUGAAAUUAAUAAAGAAAAAGAAAAACAAGAUAAUGAUAAUAAAAUUUCAUCAAGUAGUAUUGUAAAAUCAAAUAUUUUUAUAACUAUUCAACCAAUAACUACAAGAAAUGAAUCAUCAGACACACAGGAAAUAGAAGAAGUUCAAUCAAAUUCAACUAUAAUUGAAUCACAUAAUAAAUCAUCUUUUUCAUUCACUUUAAUAUUAAAAGAUAUAACUAAUGAUAUAACUAUAUUAACAAGAACUCAACCAUUUCCCCUUAGAUGGGCAAAAUGGUUAGAUGGUGAAGAUAUUAAAUUUCUUAAUAGUGAACAACAAGAUAUAGAUGAAGAAAAUGUUGAUCCAAAAGUUUGGGUAAAAGAUUGGAUUAAACAAGGUUUAAAUUUAGGAUUUGGAAUAUUAGCUCAAGAAUAUGUUAUAAAAAGAAUGGGUGUAUAA